AUGGCGGUGUGCUUAAAGGAGAAUCUGAACCCUCAUGACUACAUUGGGUCGCACUAUCGGAACCAAAACGCAAUCCAAGCUUGGAGUCACGUUUUUCAUUCAUUACGUGACCGUGAGCGUUGGAUAAAACCGAACAACCUCCCGUUUGUGCCAAAUCCUGAAUGGGCUAGAAAGAAGGGACGACAAGUAAAUCAACGGUUUAGAAAUGAAAUGGAUCAAACUUAUAGAGAGGACCGUAGCCAAAUUUUUGUAGUAAAUGUGGAAAUAGGGGCCAUAAUGCCAGAACUUGCACUAAUAGGAUUAGAGAUGCCUAAAAUGAUAAUCUGCCAUGUAAUGUCAUUAUUUUCCUUUCAUGUAAUGUUUUUUUUUCCUUCAUCAAUGGCUGCCCCCGGUGGUCACUACCAGCCUGAGUACUUUCAGCCUGGACCUUUAAAUGACGAACUUCUGACUCAAAAAUACAAUCACAUAUCGUCUUACACUUGGGAUCACCCUGAGGACGUAAGUGUCCUAGGUUCGCGGACUAGUGCAGGGUUGCCCUCCUUUGGUUCGAUAGAUUCACGCAUCCAGGAAGGAGUCCGCCGGACAGGGCUCUCUGGUUUCAUCAGGAUGCGACAUUAUCGGCUCGACAUGUCCAUUAUCACAGCAUUAGUGGAGAGGUGGAGGCCUGAGACGCAUACAUUCAUGUUUCUAGAUGGGGAGUGCACGAUCACUUUGCAGGAUAUAGCGAUCCUUACUGGACUCCCCAUUGAUGGGACGGCUGUGACUGGAGACAGGGUGGACGACUGGCAGGAUAGGGGUGUUGCCCUGUUAGGGAGACCGUUAGAGCUCUCUUGGGUUGGGUCCAGGUGGCUGUAUAGUGAGUUCGGCGAUUUUACUAGUUUACCGGCCUAUGCUACACCUGAACAUGUUGAAUGGGCGGUUAGGGCGUACCUAUGGGCUGCUCUACAGACUUUGUGCUUCCCAGACCUGAACAGUGGUCAUUUGGGUUUGAGAAUUUUACCCCUUUUAGCAAAUUUACAUGAUUUACGGACUAUCAGCUGGGGAUCUGCAGUUUUGGCCCAUUUAUACCACGAGAUGUGCAUUUCCACGCGGAUGCACAAACGCCGACGUAACAUAGGAGGUCCUCUGUGGAUUGUACAGCUAUGGGCGUUCGAGCGACUGAGGCCACUUCGACCCCAACUGCUGACCCCAAGAAUAGCAGAGGAUCUACCUUUGGGUGACAGGUGGGGCGGGCGUAGGGAUCGUUGGGCAGUCCCGAGGCACAGCAUCCAUGCCGUGAGAUUAAUUUUGGAUGGCCUGCGAUACGAGGAUCUCCACUGGCAGCCAUAUUCUGGCGAUAUUCUCAGCUCGAUCCCUCGAGAGUACCUCGAUGGGGCACAUCUCUGGCGUGCGCGAGUCCCACUCAUUUACUAUAACAUUGUGGAAUGGCACCAGCCAGACAGGGUGCUUCAGCAGUUCGGGCUAGUUCAGCCUAUUCCGUUGCCCCCCUUGCAGACUGAGGAGCUUCACAACGUCCGCUACCGGGGUUCCUCGAGCUUCGCAUAUGAGAUGGACUACUGGGUGCAACUUUGGAACAAUAGAAACGUGUUUGUAGUUCAGGGCCGGCAGCUUCAGCACCCACCCCAUUACCAUUCCCAGUACAUGGACUGGUAUAGGCGUCGAUGCCGGAGAUGGAUUACACUUCAGGGUGCAGAGGCUGGCACUAGUCGCGAUUUGCAGGAGAGAACCCAUGUUACGGGGGAGGCCAGUUCGAGUGCCGCUCGCAGGAUUAGGUUUGGUGCACGAAGUUCUCAGCUUGCUACCAUGGAGGAUCGCAGGGACGUCACACUUCCCCCUCCUGAGCCACCCGACCGACCAUACCAGCUGCCUCCGCUCCCUCCCUGUCAGGUCGAUUUAAGCUCUAUUAGAGGACGGCGUCGACAGCCACGCAGAAUGCCUCCACAGCCUCGUCCAGAGCAUGUGUACCCUAUCCCAGAGCCAUUAUUUUUUCACACGGAGGUGGCGGGUACCUCAGACAUACCGCAGGCGGACUACUGGGAAAGACAACAUUACGGGUCAACCUCCGGGGCGACACCCCAGGCAUCAUAUCCACAGUGCCACCCGAUGUUAUAG